GGCUGCCGGGAAAACCAUAGAGAGGCCCCCCUCGAGAACGGAUCUCAGCAAAGGCGGGGACUAGAGCGGCCUCUCACCAGCCGCCUUCGGGCGUACGUAGCUCGCGGUCCGCGAGCCCUGGCUGGCUGAAGCGGCGUCCCUUUCUGCGUGGCCCCGGAAGCACAUAGAGCGGAAGGCGGGAGAAAGAAGCGGCCGGCUGGCCGAGGCGGCCCGAGGGGGCGGUGGCGAGCGGCACAGGCGCCCGUGCCCCACCGAGCUUCCCCUCGCCGGCUCUCGCGGAUCCGAGCCCACCUGGCGGCCUCUGCUCCUCGCGCUUCCGGGGACCGUCGCGAGCGAGUGCGCCUGCGCGCCGGUCCGCGCGUCUCUUUGCUGUUCUCUCUUCGGCCGUCAGCCCGACGGUUCCUGCAGCCCUUCCCGCCCGGCCUCCCUGCACCGCAGCACACCGGCGGGCAGCAUGUCGCGGCGGCGGCACAGCGACGAGAACGACGGUGGACAGCCUCACAAAAGGAGAAAGACCUCUGAUGCAAAUGAAACCGAAGAUCAUUUGGAAUCUUUAAUAUGCAAAGUAGGAGAAAAGAGUGCCUGCUCUUUGGAGAGCAACCUAGAAGGCUUGGCUGGUGUUUUGGAAGCUGAUCUUCCUAACUACAAGAGCAAGAUCUUAAGGCUUCUUUGUACAGUUGCACGUCUGUUACCUGAGAAGUUGACAAUUUAUACAACAUUAGUUGGACUACUGAAUGCCAGGAAUUACAACUUUGGUGGGGAAUUUGUAGAAGCCAUGAUUCGUCAACUUAAAGAAUCAUUGAAAGCAAACAAUUAUAAUGAAGCUGUUUAUUUGGUACGUUUUUUAUCUGAUCUUGUGAAUUGUCAUGUGAUUGCUGCCCCAUCAAUGGUUGCUAUGUUUGAAAAUUUUGUAAGUGUAACUCAGGAAGAAGAUGUGCCUCAGGUGCGACGAGAUUGGUAUGUGUAUGCAUUUCUGUCAUCUUUGCCCUGGGUUGGAAAGGAGUUAUACGAAAAGAAAGAUGCAGAGAUGGACCGCAUCUUUGCCAACACUGAAAGCUAUCUUAAAAGACGUCAAAAGACUCACGUGCCCAUGUUACAGGUAUGGACUGCUGAUAAACCACAUCCACAAGAAGAGUAUUUAGAUUGCCUGUGGGCCCAGAUUCAGAAAUUGAAAAAGGAUCGCUGGCAGGAACGGCAUAUCCUAAGACCUUAUCUUGCCUUUGACAGCAUCCUGUGUGAAGCACUGCAGCACAAUCUGCCUCCUUUUACACCACCUCCUCACACUGAAGAUUCAGUGUACCCGAUGCCAAGGGUCAUCUUUAGAAUGUUCGAUUACACAGAUGAUCCUGAGGGUCCUGUUAUGCCAGGGAGUCAUUCAGUGGAAAGAUUUGUAAUAGAAGAGAAUCUUCAUUGCAUCAUUAAGUCCCACUGGAAAGAAAGGAAGACUUGUGCUGCACAGCUAGUGAGCUAUCCAGGGAAGAACAAGAUCCCCUUGAACUACCACAUAGUUGAGGUGAUCUUCGCAGAGCUGUUUCAGCUUCCAGCACCCCCUCACAUUGAUGUGAUGUACACAACACUUCUCAUUGAACUGUGCAAACUUCAGCCUGGCUCUCUACCCCAAGUUCUUGCACAGGCAACUGAAAUGUUAUACAUGCGUUUGGACACAAUGAAUACUACAUGCGUAGACAGGUUUAUUAAUUGGUUUUCUCAUCAUCUAAGUAACUUCCAGUUCCGUUGGAGCUGGGAAGACUGGUCAGAUUGUCUUAGUCAAGAUCCUGAAAGUCCUAAACCAAAGUUUGUAAGAGAAGUUCUAGAAAAAUGUAUGAGGUUGUCUUACCAUCAGCGUAUAUUAGACAUUGUUCCUCCUACCUUCUCUGCUCUGUGUCCUGCAAACCCAACCUGCAUUUACAAGUAUGGAGAUGAAAGUAGCAAUUCUCUUCCUGGACAUUCUGUCGCGCUCUGUUUAGCUGUGGCCUUUAAAAGUAAGGCAACCAAUGAUGAAAUCUUCAGCAUUCUGAAAGAUGUACCAAAUCCUAACCAGGAUGAUGAUGACGAUGAAGGAUUCAGUUUUAACCCACUGAAAAUAGAGAUCUUUGUACAGACUCUGCUACAUUUGGCAGCCAAGUCAUUCAGCCACUCCUUCAGUGCGCUUGCAAAGUUUUAUGAAGUCUUCAAAACCCUAGCUGAAAGUGAUGAAGGAAAGUUACAUGUGCUACGAGUUAUGUUUGAGGUCUGGAGGAACCAUCCACAG